AUGAACUUGUUUGAUGAUUUAUACUGGCGAGCGACUAGGAUCCAUCUUUCUGUAAUCGGUGCUUGGCCCUUUCAGUCUUACAUUACAAGUAUAAUAAUAAGGACAGUCGUUUGUUUCUUGUUCGAAAGCUUGUAUAUUUCUGAGGUAAUUAAAUUGGUUGAAGUUUGGGGUGACUUAAAGCUUACCUUGGAGUGCAUUCCCAUCUUAGUUUUGCACUCAAUAACCCAAGUUAAGAUUCUCAACGUUCAUGUCAAUCUCAAUAAAAUGAAAAAUUUGUUGCUGAGAAUAAAAAGCGAUUGGGAGUCUGGUUUAUUGGACGAAUCAGAGAUUGAAUUUUUGAGAAAUGAUGGCCGAAAACACAAAGACUUUAUGAGUUUAUACUUCAUCAUUCUUUACAGCUCGACUAUUUCUUACGAAUUAAUGCCAUUAAUUCCUGUCGCUCUUGAUAUUAUUUUGCCUUUGAAUGAAUCACGAGCGAGAAUUUUCCUGUAUCAAGCAGAAUACUUUGUCGAACCAGAAAAAAAUUUGACAUUUAUUUACAUACACUCUUACAUAGUUUCUCCGCUGAUUGCUAUUACCUUCAUUGGUACUGACUCUCUUUAUUCCGCUUUCAUCCAGCACGCCUGCAGUAUGUUUACUAUCAUUGGACGGCGUUUACAAAAUUUGAGAGCUGAUGAAAGCACAAAUAAAAAACACAAAUUUUUUAAAACUAACCGCCAUGUCAAGGAUAUAAUUAUUUGCAUCAAAAUGCAUAAAAAUGUUCUAGAAUUUGUAAGACUUUUAGAAGAGCAUUAUACAAACUAUUUAUUAGUAAUUCUCGGAAUUCUUGUGCUGGGAUUAAGCGCUAUCGGUUUCCGAGUUUUUUUGAUAGACGGAAUUGAAGGAAGAGUUCAGUGCAUCAGUUACUUUUUUGGUCACGUAGCUCACCUAUUUUUUUUAAGUUACUUCGGGCAAAGGUUGAUUAACUUCAGCGAGUAUGUCCACGAAUCAAUUUGCCGAGCUGAGUUGUAUAAAUUUUCCAGUGACAUGAAACCGAUGAUAAUUUUGCUGAUGAUGAGAAGUAAAUUAGUAUCGAAGAUAACAGCUGGCAAGCUAUACAUAAUGUCGCUUGAAAAUUUUACAACCGUUGCAAAAACUUCAUUUUCAUACUUCACUGUUCUUACAUCAUUUCAGUAA